UAAAACGAGGCGGGGGGAGGGGGGCGCGGUCGCGCGCGAGGGGGCGUGUGAGGGGGAGCGCGAGCGGGCAACGGCCGCCAACCGCCGUCAGUAGGCAACCGCCGCGCCCGCAGCCCCUUGCCGCCCUCUCGUUGGGGCUUGCUCGCUCCCUGCCUCCCGCGCUCCGCGUUGCGAAAGCCGGGUCCCUUGUAGCGGGCGCGGGGGCCGCCGCCGGCGGUAGCUCUUCCUCGUCGCGGUGUCCCGUGGGCUGCGCGCUGCAUGGAGCUGUCGGCCAUCGGGGAGCAGGUGUUCGCCGUGGAGAGCAUCCGGAAGAAGCGCGUGCGGAAGGGUAAAGUAGAAUACCUGGUGAAGUGGAAAGGAUGGCCCCCAAAAUACAGCACAUGGGAGCCAGAGGAUCAUAUCUUGGACCCUCGCCUGGUAGUGGCUUAUGAAGAAAAAGAAGAGAGAGACCGUGCUUCAGGGUACAGGAAAAGAGGUCCCAAACCAAAGCGCCUCCUACUGCAGCGGCUGUAUGGCAUGGACUUGAGGAGUGCACACAAGGGAAAGGAGAAGCUCUGUUUCUCUCUUGCACGGAGGUUUGGAGGAGGAGACAGCAGCCUGCCAGGGGCCAAGCCAGGGCAGGCAGAGUUCUCGGAGAAGACUGGGGGAACGGUCCUGCCAUUCUCUCUCAGAAAGCAACGCAAAAACCAGAAGUACCUGCGAUUGUCAAGGAAGAAGUUCCCACGCAUGACAAGCCUGGAGAGUCGAAACUGCAGACGUGAGUUCUUCCUGAAUGAUGCGGUGGGUCUGGAAGCCAGGCAAGGCCCUGAGGACUGGGAGGCCAUGCAGCACACCAGCAAAGAAGCAGAUGUGGAUGGCAGUCUCCCCUGGAUCCCCACUGUGCCCCCCAGCGAAGUGACAGUGACGGACAUCACGGCAAACUCCAUUACCGUCACCUUCAGAGAAGCACAAGUGGCUGAGGGCUUCUUCCGAGACCGGAGUGCACAGUUUUGAAUCUCCAUUUUCAGUGCUCCUAAAAUCCAGUGCUUUUAGGGUGGGGCUAGGGAAGGGUUAUUAUAUCCUUUAAGAAAAAAAUCCAAAAUGUCUCCCCUUAAAAUGUUUACAGAGACCUUCAAUUUUUUUUCUUUUCUCUUUUUUUUUUCCCAUUUCAGAUACGCAAAAACAAAGGGCAGUGUAGCAGGUGUGUGUUUGUCAUUGCUUUGUCCAUCUGAAAAACUGACAGCCCUUUAACUGGCAAGGACUUCUCUCCUAGAUGUGAAAGCAGCAAGCUGAACAAUUCGCCUUUCAUCCUGUUAAGUGGCAGCAGCUGCAUUUGUGGGGAGAGGGCAUGUGGAGGUGGAAAAGAGUUGGAUCUGUAGCUUGCCGCCCUGUUCUGCAAUUGAUAUCCCUUGGAUAAAGAUACUUCUCUGCAUUGCUCUUCCCACCUUCCUCCUCCCUCUCUUCCUGCAGCAGUGAGAGGCGAUGGAUCCUACCUGUGUAGAUAACUCCAGUCUGUUAAGGCUUUGUCCCCAGUGCUGUUUCACCUGUAGCCUGCUGUCAGGACUUCAGAGCCAUAUUUGCCUGACUGUGGUAAGUAAGUCUUUACAGCACAGGUCCAUGUAAAGUGCAGAGGUUUCUCCAUUUGAUUGUUGAUCAUGCAGGGGGAGACCGAAAUGUGUCUCUGAAGUCUAGAUUGGCUAUGCAGAUUGAAUUUACCCUCAUUAAAAGCUCAGAAAUGCAGCACAGUUGAGACUAUACCGUCUGUGUAUGCAAAACAGGAUUUCAAGCUUUGUCUGUGCUGUGUGAGAAAAUGCAGUAUGGAAAGUGGGGUGUUCUUACCCUUUGCUAAAUUCAGUAUUAAUAACGAAUGAUGUCCUGAAUCUGUGGUAAUAAGUUAGUUGAAAACUGACUCCUCUUCCCUGGGAGGAGGGGCUCAUAGGAGGACUAAAGCAUUGCCUGGCACUGCAAAGAUAUCCAAGAUAUUGGCAUAGGCCCAGGACAGAGGAAUUUGAUAGAACUGAACUGGAAAUGGACCUUGAUUAGCAGCAAUUCUGUUCUUGGAUCACAUUGAGAGGCCCAAGGUAAAAAGCAUGUGGGGAAGGCAUGUAUUAGACUUUAGGAAGGGAAAAAAAUUCUUAAUUCUUAACAGUGAGAAUUCUUGGAUUGUACCAUCUAAGUAAUAUUCUUCCAUGACUCCAGUCUCCUCACAGUAUCUGUGAUUCUGUACUACUUAACCGAUGGGAACUUCCCCUUGGAAAGUUUAAAAAUCUUUGCCAAGGAAAGUGGUCUGCAUUUCAAUAGAACUUGCCUGAUCUUGCACUUAAAAAUGCCUUGUGCUGGACUGCCUGUGACACUUAGAGGUUUCUGAAGAAUUUCUGUAUUUUGAGUUGGUAAUUUAGCAUCUGUUCUUGCACAUGUGUAUCCUCUUCCCUUUUCUUUUUAAUCAGAUCUUAUUUAAAUAACUUAAAUUUUUAAAUAUAGAUCUCUUCCUAUGGAAAGCAAGAAAGGUAAGCUAGAUCUUAAGGUGGGACCUGCAGGACAGAGUGCUACAGGGCAACAUUGGCUACCGUCAUAAUUAUCUUCAUAUCCGUUGUUUCCUUUCACUGCUCCACUUCCAGCAUCUUUUAUCUGCUGCAUUUAUGCUAUAUGAAGUUAUGAGCCUGCUGAGCCCUAAGGUAAAGACACCUGUGGAAAUCCUUAAUGUGAGCUCUGCAGCAGCUCCUCUGAAGGGCUUCGCUCCCGGCCUGCAGAAUUUGGGAGCUCUGGGGCUUCUGGUACAACAAACAUCUGCUUUUUGCAAAGUGCUUGGCAGCCCCUGAGCCUUUUUAGUAAAAGUAGGUUUUACCUUAAAUAGCGUGUGCAGCUCAGUGUAGGCUUAAGAUUUACCCUUCUGUCUCAAAGCUGUUUAUAAAGGACUGUCUGUCACUGUGUGACAACAGCUUCAGGACCACUGGGUAGAUCCUGAAUUUCAGGACAAACCUUUUGUUUGCUGAAGUACAUACAGAGGAAGUGAUAUGGGAGUCUUAUUACGGAGAAAUCUGAGAGAGUGAAAAGUGGAGCACAUUGUGUGGGGGGGUUUCUUUUUUGGAGGAGGGGUGUUAUUUUUUUUUUUUAAUGUGGUGGGAGGAAGAGUGAGUGGGAAAGAAGUUCAGAAUAGCUAUCAAGGGCAAAUUGAUGAAGUAAGUGUAUAGGCCCAGGAUGUUUGUUGAAUGUGGGUGUCUGGAACUAGGCUUCUGUAUCUGGAGUUGCAUCAUAUAAGUGGGAUCACCCUCUUCUGCAGGGAUUGGAGUCACACAGUGUCCUGCCAGCUGCUCACACACACCUGCAAAAUGUGCUGAAUAUCUGCAUCUCUCUUUUGUUUGGUGUGACCAGUAGAAACUAAGCAUGCCUGCUCAUCAGGAUGACAGCAGUUUGUGUGGUUAUGGUUGCAGAAGCCUAAUACUUUAGCUUAAUUUUGAAAAGUCUUGAACUCAGCUCCUUCUGCUAAAUCCUUAUGGCAUUUACAGGGUCUGCUUUCUUUAUUCUAAUACAGUUACCAUCAUGUUUGUUCUGUCCUCAGCUCAGUGCACAAAUACAGCAAAAAAAAAAAAAAAACCACCUUAUUUACUAAUGUUCAUCGCUUUGGCUGAAGUCAGAAGCAAUACCAAUCCUGUGGCAGGAAUGAAGAGCUUGUCCUAGUAACUGGAUUUCCAUCCUGUGCUUUUUCUCUCCACUCACCAGCUGAGACUUCUCAAUGUUUUGUUUUGGCACUUCUCUUUAAAUAUCUUUUCUUCCUCUUAGAGUGGAGUUUUCAAAAACCUGUGGUGCUCUUAAAAGAGGAUCCGCCCACAGCUUCAUAUCUUAAUCACUUUUUGGAUCAGGCUAGCUUGUGUUCUUUUGGUGACUAAUAAAUCAUCUCCUGACAUGAAGUGUUAAACAGAGUCCCGUGGUACCAUGCUGCUUUGUGUACAGGUCAGUGAGGAGUUAACCCUUAUCGGUUGAGAUGCAACAAGUUGCAUGUGCGUAGGUUGGGUUUUUGUGAAGAGGAUUUUGUGGUAGGAAACUAAGCAGUUACUUGGUGUAUGUGUUUUUUCUUUUUUUCUUUUUACAUUCAUGAACAGCAACUCUUGCCUAUCUUAAAGAUCUUUUGAAAAGAUUUUUCUCAUGGUCUUUUUAAAAUGUGGCUUACUUCUGUACUGGCUGGUGACAUAUCAUUGUAGACUCCCUUGGUGGAGCUGGUCUUCAGGGACUUUAAAAUCAGCUUUAUUCCACUUCUAUAAGUGUAGAGAUGCAUGGGGUUUUUUUGCUUUUGGGGGCAGGAGAGGUUGUCUGAGUUUACUUGUCCCUUCUCCCCAAUCCUGUCCUUUCCAUCUGCAUGUUCAACCCAAAAACUGAAAAUUGAACUGGACCUCUUUGGCUAACAUAUCGUGAAAAUCUGAUGCUGUGCUUGGAGCUUCGUUAAGUGUUCCGUUUGAUUAGAAGAGCCAAAAUAGCAUCCAGCUGAAGCAGAGUUUAAUAAUUCUAUUUGAAGCACAAGCCAAGAAUAGAAUCAAGCUAACUCUCCCAUACCUCAUUUGGCUCCAUGGGCUGUAAACAAGGAAAACAAACUUCAGCCAGUGGAUAUUACUGAACUGUACGCAAGAAACAAACUUCUUGAAGAACUGUUCUGACAGUCAUUCUUCAGAACUGCUUCCACGUGAGAAUGAAUUUACCAGCCUUGUUUUGGGGGACAGAAGCUUGUACUUCAUACACCUUGCAGUAAAUUCACUGUAUGUGGUACGACAGAACUGAGGGGCCUUAUCAGAUCAGGAAACCUUUGUUGUUAAUGCUGUGUUAAAAAUCGGAAAGCACAGGCUUUGUUCCUGGCUGGUUAUAAACUAGGUGUUAUUGCUCUGAUAUUUGUAAGUGAUGCCUUGGAACAGCAAGUUUUAACACGCAAAUAGUGGCAUUAAGCAGCUUCAUAGCUCCUGCAUGCUCCUUAUUGUCUUGCAUUUGCUUGGGGGCCCUUCUGCUCAUGAAGUCAGCCCAAGGUGUUUUUUCUCAAGCACAGCCAGAAUAUUAUUGUGAGAACACCCAAAUGCAGUUCCAUUUGCCAAAAUAAACCCAAAUUUGUUAGUGAAUUGACCCUUGCUUACGUCAGAGCCUCAGACAGAAAGAAGCCUGUUGAGAAAUGAAUGGCUUUUUUUUUUUUUUUUUUUUUUUUUUUGGUAGUUAGUGUUGUGAAACUGUCUAGAAUUGUUCUUCUGGUGUUUUGUGACUGAAUGUGUAAAAUUGUUUGUUCACCUCACGGGGGGUCCUUGGCCCCAGUACUUUUUCCUGCUCUAUGCCAGCUAGUGUUGUUUGGUUUUGCUGGAAUAGAGAGGGGAGGCCUUGCAUAGCUCAAAAAAUAGGCAGGGUGGCUCAUGCAAGACCCUCAGUAGUAGCCACAACAGAGGGCCAGGGUGGGGAAGACAGCACUGAGGGUUGUUAGCCACAUCUAGGUAUUUGAGCUAAAGUUAAAUCUACUACCACCUCUCCACCCCUUCCUCUCCUCUCAAGCUUUCAGUCUGUGCUUUCUGAAGCUGGGAAGGUGGGGGGGGGGGGGGAAAAAAAACCACUCUUUUUCUAAAACUAAGUGAUAGCUGCCUCUCUUCUGUUCCUCCCCUGCUUACAUGUCCUGCAGCCUGAGUAAAAGAGGGCAGUGAAACUUUGUAGGAAAACAGUAGGGGCAGCUCUGCUUGUCUGGGGGAAGGCAGGGAAAGAGUUGGUACUCCAGGCCCAAGAGCCACUCUUGCUAGGCUGUUGAGGACAGGCCUUUGGGUGAGCUGUUCGGAAGAAGGCAUGUUAUUAGUGCAAGUAACUUGUAGUGAAACUCCAGGCCCGUCUGGGACCUCAAGGGGAAAAAAAUACCGUGAUUAAAAAGAAAUGCUGAGGUGAUAAACUGAAACUUUUUUUUAAAUGUUUUUGAUGCUGGUGUUAACUGCCAUCCAUCAAGGCCCAGUUCAGUUGCUAGCGAUCACAUUAAGGCAGCCUGUUCUUUUCAGGCUGUGAGUGCUUUUCUCUUGGCUGUGGAUUUGCCUUAGUCUCCAAGAAGAUGAGGAAAAUUAAACAAUGGGGGUUGGGAAGAGUCAAUAUAAGGAGAGGAGACCAGUGGGGAAUAGAAUUGGGCCAUGUUUAGCCACUAUUCAAAUGCAGGCUCUUCUGCUCACAAACCUGUGACCCCUGGCAUCAGUGAUGGUGUAUUGGUGCCUCCGAGUGAUCAAUGGAUGGAUGCCCCUCUGAGUUUUGAGUGGGCCAUGUGGGGAGGAGGCACUCAUAUAACUGCCUUUCACAGUGGGAAAGCAAGGGAGGUAGAUAUGUGUAAACACCUUAUAUAGGUUAACUUUUGCACAGGAAUAUAUAACAUUGGCGAAUACAGGUAAAGGAAUGUCUCUCUUUCUUCUUGUCCUCAAAACAGUUGUCCCCAAGGGCAUGGCAAAUUUGUUUUGAGAUAAUAGUUUAUGAUCAAGAGACCAUGUUGUCCUUUGCCAACUGAGCUUGACUGCCAGGGAGCUGAACUUACAGUCCUUGCAGAGAAAGUGUGAAUGUUCUGGGUGUUGAUCCACGUGGAUUCCACCCAAGAAGUUGGUUAAGAUGGAAAUACCUUUGAAACCAUCCUACAGGUGAGCCCUUGCAAAAAAGCAGCACCAGUACAAUCGAAGGGUAGCAGUUGUGGGACCAAGAGUCAGAAAGAGACAGAGAAGCAAUCACUUAAAAUUGAAUUUUAAUUCUUCCCUAUAACAAGUACUUCCUUGAGGGAUGACCCCUUUCUCUCUUCCAGACCUUGUUCCCUUGCACCCUUAAUUUCUUAAAGUACAGUGGCUUAGCAGAGAGGGGACAGGUUGGGUAACGAAGUUGUAAAGAGGAGCAGAGCUCAGUGGAAGUUGUUAAUAGCUGGUAAAGGGGAGAUAGAUUGCUACCAAGUUGAGGUGAGUAGAAACUUAGUGCUGGUCAUCCACAGUGUGUUGCAGACAUCUGGGAAUGCCAACUUGAUGCUGAAGGGGAGAGCUCAUAAGACUGUUCAGAACUCUGUCCCAGCUUAUCUCACUAUUGGUGUAGCAGAAUUUUGAUUGGGAGGGGGAUUUGGGAGGAAGAGGAGGAAAGUCCUUUAUUAUUAUUUUUUAACCAGAAAAUGUAGUGUCAGCACAAAGAAGCUCUUUGCAAAUCUGUCAAAAUGUUAAGCUGCUUUUUUGGCUUUUGAAUCUGAAGUAUGUUUUGAAGCACUUUGAAAAUGCAAAGCACUAGGAGUGCUAAAUACUCCUUAUCGUCUUUCUAAAAGUGGCAUUUGAAAAGCAAAAGAUGCAUCUGUUUCAGGCUUCUGGCUGUUCCUUAUCACGUUUCCAAAGCUGCGACCAGGCCCUUUGCUUCCCUCCCAUGGCUGAAGGGGUAGUUUGCUCCAGCCAUGCCAAGUGAAGGAGGGCUCUCCGAGGGAGGAGAGGAGACUUGCAGAAUCCCUAAUUCACCUUCAGGGUUCAUGCUGGCAUUCUCCUUCUUCCCCUCCCCACUCCCUUUGAGAAGAGGGGAAAAUGAAGUUCAGUUUUUGUUUUAGUGGUCCUAGUCUGGAACUAUGACCACAUCUUCCAGCUCUGGAGACAUCUUUUUCAUUUCAUCUCUAAUGAAUUGCACCUUAUUAGCUUGCUUGAGGAACGGAGAGAGAACCUGUCCAUUCACAGGGAAUGGAGUAAGGAAAGGAGGGUGAACCAGAAGCUGUCUUCAGUAGCUGUUGGAUUCUUCCAAAGUCUGUUUUCUCACCUUAUCUCCAACAAAAUGGCAAUGAAAGAAUGGGGAAAAAAAUAGUCGAGGUUUUUAUCUUGCAUGUCUAAAGAACCUUCUGAACAAGCUAAGAUGAAAGUAUUUUUUUUCCUCGCCUAGCAAGCUCCAUAGCUGGAGGAACCCAGUUCUCUUGCUGGGUCUUCAGCACUAGCCUUUUUCCCCCGUUUUAUACACAUCAGUUUGGACUCUUUUAUGCACUCUGACUCAUCUAAUUUGGUAUGCUUCCUUUCUGUUGGGGGGAGAAGGUGGGGGAUAGGGUCAGUUGGGAGUAAGGGUCCCCAAUUUUUGUUCUUGUCUCUUCAGUUGUUGCUGUUGUUUUGUCAGCACGCUAGAGUAUCUGAGUCUUUGCACAAAGAAAGCUUCCUUUUGCACAGAAUGAGCUUCUAGCUUUUGUACAGACUAAUUGAAUGUAUUUGGGGAAGGGGGGGGGGGGAAAUAGGGAGCAAACCAAUUCCAAACAAACCAAUCAGAGUAUAAUGCCUUUUCUGAGCAAGUGUGUAUUGUAAAUGGAGGUUGUAAUAGCAAAGGGAGGGCAGGCUCAAGUAUAAUUUGACACAAAGUGUGGUUUUAUUUUUGUACUGAUAUGGAUAAGAGACUGUACAGCAUCUAUUUAUUUAGAUGAUUUAUGUGGUAAAUGUUGCAAACAAGAUUAUUAAAAUAUUAAAUGAGAACUGACAUUUA